AUGCUAAGCUCAGAAAACGAAUCAACAUAUAAUGUUGGUACAUCUGUAGACGUUAAACCAAAUGAAGAGGAGAAUGUUUUGGAGAUGGAAUCCAAAUACAAAAAUAAGGUAACUGAGGAUCGAGUCAAUGGGUUGAUCAAGGUUUGGGUUUGUAUACAUGAUAAAACUUUUGAUGAAUAUAAUGAGGAGCUAAAGAUCUUAGAAGGUUAUAUGUUUGAGGCUUUGUUUGAUAAAUACAAAAAACCACACAGUAUUGUUAGUAAUGUAAGAGGUCCUGGUGCUCCAUUAUCUGGAAGAUUCUUUGGA